CCCACUGCCUCCAGGAUGGCGAGAUGGCUGCCCCGCCCCACCGACCUGACCCGCUUCUGCCAGAAGCUCAACCGGGUGAAGACUCUGGAGGAUGACAUAAUGGAGACAUCCUUUAACAGAUGCCUUUCCACUGUCGACUUGACGCUACUAGGUAUUGGGGGUAUGGUGGGCUCUGGGCUGUAUGUCCUCACAGGCACUGUGGCUAAGGAGAUCGCUGGCCCAGCCGUCAUCGUCUCCUUCAUCAUUGCUGGCUUUGCCUCACUCCUGGCUGCUCUCUGCUAUGCUGAGUUUGGAGCCCGUGUGCCCAAGACAGGCUCUGCCUACAUGUUCACCUAUGUGUCUGUGGGUGAAAUCUGGGCUUUCCUCAUUGGCUGGAAUGUGCUGCUGGAGUACAUGAUCGGGGGGGCUGCCGUGGCCAGAGCCUGGAGUGGUUAUCUGGACUCCAUCUUUAACCACAAGAUCAAGAACUUCACUGAGACCCAUGUGGGUACCUGGCAGGUGCCAUUCCUGGCCCGCUAUCCAGACUUCCUGGCAGCUGCCAUCCUGCUGGUAGCCACCGCCUUCAUCUCCUUUGGGGCCAAAGUGUCCUCCUGGCUCAACCACGUCUUCUCAGCCAUCAGCAUGGGCGUCAUCCUCUUCAUCCUCAUUAUGGGUUUUGUUCUCGCACAGCCCAAAAACUGGAGCACCCAGGAGGGUGGCUUUGCCCCAUAUGGGCUGUCGGGCAUCAUGGCUGGCACAGCUACCUGCUUCUACGCCUUCGUGGGCUUUGACGUCAUUGCAGCCUCCAGCGAAGAGGCCAGGAACCCACAGAAGGCUGUCCCCAGGGCCAUCGCUUUCUCCUUGGGGCUGGCCACUGGCUCCUACAUCCUGGUGUCAGUUGUGCUGACGCUGAUGGUGCCCUGGCACACGCUGGACCCUGACUCUGCCCUGGCCGAUGCAUUCUACAGGAGGGGAUACGCCUGGGGAGGGUUUCUGGUGGCUGCUGGCUCCAUCUGUGCAAUGAACACAGUUCUGUUGAGUAAUCUCUUCUCCCUGCCACGCAUCGUCUAUGCCAUGGCCGAGGAUGGGCUCUUCUUUCAGGUCUUCUCCAGAGUCCACCCCCGCACACAGGUGCCCGUUGUUGGCAUCGUGGUCUUCGGGCUGCUUAUGGCCCUGCUGGCCCUUGUCUUUGACCUAGAGGCCCUGGUGCAGUUCCUGUCCAUCGGCACAUUGCUGGCCUACACCUUUGUGGCUGCCAGCAUCAUUGUCCUGCGCUUCCAGCAGCAGAAGGGAGAUGUCCCUGCACCAGUGGCCAGCAGCCUGCCUAACCCAGAGCCCCAUGAGUGCCCGUCCGGGGGUGAGCUGAAGGAGUAUGAGUCCUUCUCUGACAAGCUGCAGCUGGUGGACAGGAGCAAGAGCAAAGAGCAGCGGGAGCCAGGGCAGCUGAAGGCAGCAUUUGAGCCCUACCUGGAGUUCCUCAGUGACUUCUACCCGGGUGAGGUGGUCACGGUGGCCGUGGUGACCCUGAUGGUGUCUGCCAUCUGCCUCUGCUCCAUCUUAGUGUUUGGCAACACCCACCUCCACCUGCCCACCUGGAGCUACACCCUGCUUCUGGUCCUCUUCAGUCUGGGCUUCCUGCUCAGCCUCCUCCUCAUCUGGGCACACGAGCAGCAGCACAGCACCCAGACGUUCCAGAUCCCCCUGGUACCCCUAUCCCCCGCGCUGAGCAUCAUCCUCAACAUCUACCUGAUGCUGAAGCUCAGUUACAUGACAUGGCUUCGCUUUGCCAUCUGGCUCCUCUUAGGCCUGCUCGUCUACUUUGGCUAUGGCAUUUGGCACAGCAAGGAGAACCUGCGGGAACCACGGACCCCGAGUGUCAGCGCCCGCUACGUGGUGUUCCCAGGUGGCAGCCUGGAGGAGAGGGUGCAGGCAGUCCAGCCCAGUUCCCAGCCUGCCACCAGGCUGCCAGACACCAACACCGAUGACUGCAAGAGAUGACACCCCUGGAAACGGGGGCACCUGGAGAUGGGAGCAUCGGAAUCUCUUCCUGCAGUGAGGCCAGAGACCCACCCCACUCCUCCUGGUCCCUCUGACAGC